UCCACAUGCGCUCUGCAAGAGAACACAGCCGAGCCGUGCAGUGCGCUUCUGUGCGUAACGCCGACUUCACUCCUGUCUAGUAGGCUACUUUGGACAAAACUAUUCUUGUGUCUCCAGAGUAGAGCUGAAUGAGUUGUAAGAGCUGUAAGAAAGCAGAGCAUUUAUACUUGGAUGGACAACGUGUUUUGAACGGCCGAUUAGAGGAGAGAUCCCUGCGGAGACCUUUAUCACCAAACCAUCGUAGACCAAUGGAGCGCAAUAACGCACGUAAACGCGUGACGGCUAUAUAAGGGAAUACGCUUCAAAAACACUUUUUAUUAGUCAUAGCACAAAGUCAAAGGUUCAGAGAAAAACAGGUUGUUUCACAACGACUUUUGAUGCAUAUUUGAAAACGAUUUUGUAACGCACAGUUUGCGCUUGCUGUGCGCAACGGGCUCAGUUUCUGACUAUGGACUGAUUCUGGAAAUCUGAGCGUCAUAAGGAGGAAAAAGCUUGUUUUGUUUCUUUCUCGGUCAGAUUUAUCUGCGUUUGUGCCUUGAAGGAGAUCACUACUUGAACACGGGUCACUCCAAGACGGCGCGUUUCGGAAAGAUGGAUUUCUCGCGAUCUCUACUAGGAAUUGCAAUAAUCUUUUGCUUCGUUUUUAAAGUUAGCGCAGAGGAAGGUGAGACGUGCGGAGGCCACCUUGACGCCAGCGACGCCGGUUACAUCACGUCACCCGGUUACCCGAUGGAAUACCCGCCCCAUCAGAGCUGCCAGUGGGUGAUCAACGCUCCCGAACCCACGCAACGCAUCGUGUUGAACUUCAACCCUCACUUCGAGCUGGAGAGACUGGAUUGCAGGUACGACUUCAUAGAGAUCCGAGAUGGGAAUUCUGAGUCUGCGGACCUGCUGGGAAAGCACUGCAGUAACAUCGCUCCACCCGCCAUCAUUUCCUCCGGUCCCAUCAUCCACAUCAAGUUUGUGUCUGAUUACGCGCACCAGGGCGCCGGUUUCUCCCUGCGCUACGAGAUCUACAAGACCGGUGCCGAUCACUGUUUCCUCAACUUCAGCGCCUCAUCCGGGGUGAUUGAGUCUCCAGGCUUUCCUGACAAGUACCCUCACAAUUUGGAGUGCUCGUACAUCAUCAUCGCCCCGCCUCAGACCGAGGUCACGCUCACCUUUCAGACCUUUGACCUGGAGAAUGACCCACUGCUCGUGGGGGAGGGAGACUGCAAGUACGAUUGGCUGGACAUGUGGGACGGCCUUCCCCAAGUGGGACCACUGAUCGGCCGAUACUGCGGGACAAAAAUUCCUCCGGAGAUCCAGUCUUCCACGGGACUUCUGUCGCUUUCCUUUCACACUGACAUGGCCGUGGCCAAAGAUGGUUUCUCUGCCCGCUAUAACAUGACACGCAAGGAAGUCACUGACACGUUUCACUGUAGCAAUGCGUUUGGAAUGGAGUCUGCGAAGAUCUCUGACGAUCAAAUCACAGCCUCGACUUCAUUUUAUGAUGGACGCUGGCAGCCCCGCCAGGCACGUCUUAACAACGAUGACCACGCCUGGACACCGGGUGAAGACAGCAACAGGGAAUUCAUACAGGUGGAUCUUCAGUUCCUCAAGGUUCUGACCGGGAUCGCUACGCAAGGAGCUGUCUCCAAGGAGACCAAGAAGUCCUACUACAUAACAACCUUCAAGCUUGAAGUAAGCACCAACGGAGAGGACUGGAUGAUCUACCGGCACGGCAAAAACCAUAAGAUUUUCCAUGCCAACACCGACCCAUCUGAGGUGGUUUUGAAUCGUGUUCCUCAGCCUGUUCUCGCUCGCUUCGUUCGAAUCCGACCACAGACGUGGAAUAAUGGAAUUGCUCUACGCUUUGAGCUUUAUGGCUGCCAGAUUACAGAUGCCCCUUGUUCUGAACUCCAGGGAAUGCUUUCUGGCCUCCUCAUCGAUUCCCAGAUCUCAGCGUCCUCGGUCAGAGACCUCCACUGGACACCGGGAGCCGCGCGUCUGGUGGCCAGUAGGUCGGGAUGGUUCCCCGGUCCGGCCCAGCCUAUUGCUGGAGAGGAAUGGCUACAGGUGGAUCUUGGAACACCCAAAACUGUGCGAGGAGUUAUCACUCAAGGAGCUCGAAGCGGAGAGGGUGGAACCACCUCGGAGAACCGGGCAUUCGUACGGAAGUACCGCAUAGCACAUAGCAUGAAUGGAAAAGACUGGAACUUUGUAAUGGACAGCAAGACUAGCAUGCCUAAGGUUUUUGAGGGGAACACACACUACGACACCCCAGAGCUCAGACGUUUUGAGGAGCUCCCCGCCCAACACAUCCGGAUCUAUCCGGAACGGUGGUCUCCGGCAGGGAUCGGAAUGAGAAUGGAAGUUCUUGGCUGCAACCUGCCAGAGACGUCCACACCAGCUGUAGAGACAUCCAAACCCACUCGACCUUUCUCAGCCGAAGCCAGCACCACCCAGAAACCCAGCCCAGUUACGAUCGCCGCGCUGCCGUCUCACAAAGGGCUUUGCGAUUUCGAGCAAGGAUUGUGCGGUUGGACACUCGACCCGGAUUCUGACCUCGGCUGGGUUCUACACACUUCCAGCAAAACCACAGCCUUGGGGCAGAGUCAAGACCUCUCCAUGGUCUCCAACAAUUUGGGAAACUACCUGUACAUUGAGGCCAGUCCUGAGAUUCAGAAACAGAAAGCUCGGCUGGUCAGUCCCAGCGUGGAUCCAGACACCGGACCUCUCUGUCUGAUGUUUUCCUAUCAGCUGGAGGAUCAGGGAACCCUGAAAGUUCUGCUGCGGAACAAACACAAAGAGGAGACGGUCCUCUGGGCACUCCAAGGAGACAAGGAACCCACGUGGAAAGAAGGACGCACCAUCAUACCUCAAUCCCCAAAUGAUUUUCAGGUGGUAAUGGAAGGGUUUUUUGAGGGUGCCAAAGGUCACAUCUGGAUCGACAACAUCCAUAUGAGUGUGAGCACACCUUUGGAGGAAUGUACGGAGCCUUUCGUGGCGUUCCCUCCGGACAUGACCGUUAAAAAACAUGACAUCGGAAGCGACCGUCUCUUUAACAACAAGGACCACAUAAAUGCAGGUUUCCAGUCUCCAGAUUGGAGAACAGCCGAACCGCCAUCAGAUUCUCCAGUGACACAUGUAAUGGACAAGGACAGCACGUGGCUCUACUCGCUGGACCCCAUUCUUCUAACCAUCAUCGUCAUGAGUUCUCUGGGCGUUCUUCUGGGCGCCGUGUGUGCGGGUCUCCUGCUGUACUGCACCUGCUCAUACGGCGGCCUGACGUCACGCUCCACCACAACACUGGAGAACUACAACUUUGAGCUCUACGACGGCAUCAAGCACAAAGUCAAGCUCAACCAACAGCGCUGCUGCUCUGAGGCCUGAUACCUAGUAUCCCAUCCUGACCUCAAAAAACCCCGAUUUGACUCUUUGAAAGAGAAACAAGCCUCGUCUCUUAGUAUUCUCGGAAUGCAUGUCCAAAUCCGUCGGGGAUCUCCACAGCUACUUCUGGUGUUCCCGGCAGUCGCGCUUCUCGACUCCACAGCUGCCGCCGAGGACCUCGUCUUUCACUGGAUUAUUAAAAAAGUGGAACGUUUGGUGCCACAAAGACUGAAACGCUUUCCAGGGCUCCGCCUCGAAAUAAAUGUCGACACAUAUCAAUGUUUUGCUAUUCCACAAAGAUGAAAGUAUAUCUGAUUUCUAAGAGGUCUAGUUUGUAAAACAGGUUUCUUAAAAGUAAAAUGUUUGGCAUAGGAUGUGAUGUGUUGUCUUAAAAGGCUCUCGUGGGUUCGGUUGUCGCUCCAUCAUUUUACGAUUAUCCUUUGUUGUCCCUUUGCUUUGGUCCAACCAUUUUGUGUUUCUCUUUAAAAAAUAUAAAGUAAGGAAAAUUCAGAUUAAGGGAAUCUACUAGAUUUAGUUUUAGGUCGUGUUUGGUGGAUCGUGUUCAGAAAAUAGGCACUUGUUUGAAAUUAAGACGGAUUUUGAAAGAUUUUGUCAGCGCAACCUAUGGAUUGCUGUAACUCAUAAAGACGAGAAAAUUGGCUUGUAAAAGUGUUAAGAAGACUAUUGUUACUUGUACUUUGCUCGAGUUCACUUUGAAAGAUAUCUCAUUUACAAACCAUACCAUUUUCAGUGCCAACACCCGAAAAUGAUCUCCUGCCUCUUGGGGUCAAAGUGAUAUUUUUUAAACAUCAAAAUGAUUGUUUAAAGAGUUUGUACAGCUUACGUUUUCAAAGCACUAAAUACAGAAACCUCUCGUAUAUUUUCUUAAAAUCCUUUGUGUGGCCCACUUGAGUUUCAGAUACAUUGGAGGUGCCAGCUGUUCUUAAGAGUUUGGAGCAACCGGAUUAAACGUUAAAGCAACGUUAAAGAACACAAACGUUCUCCGCCACGCAGCCUUGAAUGUCUAAAUCAUCAACCGCAACCUUUCUUUAUUUCAUUCACUUUUUAUCCACUUUUAUGUUUCCACAACAAGGCUUAAAUUAUAACAGGGCUUAGCUUGUAAAUCACAUGCGGGUAACAUUAGAUCCCCUGUGGUUCCCAAAGCCUGAAAAAGAGGAAGAAAGAUGUCCUAAAUCUACUCGCUCUGUUGGGAUUCCUCACCUUCAUACGCACAUUGUUGGACGUGAAAGUGAAUGCACAUAAAGCACAGCAAACCUGCAGAUUAAGACACGUCAUUAGAAAUGAUAUGGAGGCACUGGUGUGAUGUUUCUACUGCCGUUGGACUUUUCUCGAUCCAUUCAUAUCUUCUUAAAGACUCUUGCUACUGAAACUUUUGCAAGUGCCUUGGAGCUGUCCGGUUCCAGCGUCGGCUCUGGACCUGAAUCAAAGAAACUGCUUUCGGAGCUCUUGUCUGUCUUAACCACUCAGAAUACUUGAGAAUCACGGCGCUGGUUGGAAUUCCAGUCACUCACUUUGUACAGAAAAUGUGCUUUUUAUGAUGAUGAUUAUUGUUAUUAUGAUUAUUUAAUAAAGGAUUGAUAACA